AAAAGUGAAAUUUCAGUUUUCGAUUUUCAGUAGAUUGGGUUUGAUCUAAUUUUAGGUCGAAUCGGCCUGAUGCUUGUUAUAACUCGGAGCAGGGCGUUACACCCCAUUCUAGUGACUUUGGUGAGGCUGCUGCCUUUGUUUGCUUUCUCCAUCGGGCAUCGAUUUCUCCAUCUCCAUAUUUGGUUCGAUUGCUUUCUGGGCAGCUAGGCUUCUUCAUAAAUAAGUAUUUGAUUAUGGUCAGGAUAGAACACAUGGCUGAUCAGAACCAAAAUCAACCAAACCAACAAGUAGCGGUUCCGCUGCAGAAUGAUUUUGUUCGCACUGCAAGGAUCUUAGCUCAACGAACGCGAAGAAACAAUGUAACACGGAGACGAGCAGUCACUAAGGAUGAGCGAGAAGCCUUAGCCGAGAUUAGGAGGAAGAAGCGCCGUGUCCUAACAGGAGUUAGACCUAGAUUCCCCACUAAAGCUGCAGAUACCCAAUCACAUGCUUUCACUUUUCCCACAAGCACGGAUGAUCCUACGUGUGAGAUGUUUUUACCAGACAAUAAUGCAAGGAACAGCAUGAAUGCAAUUGCUUCAAAUGUUAAUGGACUCAUAGAGACUACAGAUGGACAUCAGGCAUGCAUCUAUGCCCUUUGGGAUAUUAUGCUGCUUAAAUUCUAACUUUGAAAAUUCUCUUCCCCCAGGUGUGUCUAGGAUAGGAUUCAACAUAAACACAAUUAGGCUUCCUUCACAGGCUGAAGGGAAUUUGAUCAACCUUGAUGCCAUCCCAAAGCUUGAUAAUGCUUCAUAUCUGACCAUCUUCGGGCAAACCAUAUUGUUCAUAUUCAAAACCGCUACUAGUCAGAAUUUCAAUUAUUAUAACACUGUUAGAUUGAAUGGGCUUAAAGCUGCUGCGGGUGUGGAUGCUUCUACUACUGUAACAAAUCCUUACAAUCUUUCGAAGGCUCAGUGUGUGAGAUCAGUUCUUGGAAGUUCUCUGUUUGUUAAGAAGAAGCUGAUAAACAUGAUUGUGAGUAUGCAGAAUGGAGAGGAGAAGAUUAAUGCUGUUUGCAGAUAUGUUGCAACAAUUCUGGAGUAUAAUGAGAUGAGUGCGAUAAUGGUUACGUAUGAAACCCUGGUUCGUACUAAGUCUGUUGUGCUAACCGAUCCUCGGCUGCUACCAGAGAUGAUGAAUCUUUGUGAGGCGUUGGAGUUGAUAUGCCAAUCUGAUAUGCCACAGUAUUUCAAAUAUAUGGCUCCUCCAGAGCAAGCGGCCAAGCUGGAGAGAAACAGGUUUCCUACUCUUGCUGCAACAGGAGAACUUUUAAAGAGAGACUUCAAUAAGCACGCAUCGUUUAAGAAUUUUGUCGGUGAGAGAAAAUUUUCGAAGCUUGCAGAAGAACUUGCUCAACUUCAUCGAAGAUCAGUUGCCAGGAACACUCCUGCAACAUUGGAUGUUUUGACGAAGCAGCCGUGUCAUCCAGUUGGACCAACUAUCAUAGGCGAUGAUGAAGAUUGGGAUGAUGUAUGCUAAAGAUGCAGAGUUUUAUGAAGAUAUUUAGGGUUUUGUAUCUCGUCAAUUGUAGUUUGUCAUGUCCUUUUUGAGCGAAUUGAACCCCGUCUUUUGACAUCAUUAUGUUGAUGUAUUUCAGAUUCUAGUUGUGUUGUUUAUUGAGUUUGCAUUAAAAAAAGGGUAGGCAUCAAAAUUGUUACAUAGAUUUUGGUUAUUCUAACAUAUGCAAGUUAUCCCUGGUGAUAGAACAGGGAAACCGGAAAUGUCAUUUCUCUACCACUCUUGAUUGUCACCGGUGACAGGAUUUGUGCUCUUUGUUGUUACUGAGAAGUUAAGGAUUUGGCUUUUUGUUUGUCA